UUGGCACUUGGGCCCGGGGUUAUAGCAUUCGAACGCAGCGUGAUACCGUAGAUCGCAGUCAUCGGCGACAUGUCUUCAUUCUUCGGACUUGGCAAGACCCGCACGUUCAAACCUCGAAAGGACGUCCCGGAGGGCACCAAACAAUAUCAACUGCGAAAGUAUGCAGAAGCAACCUUGGGUUCUGGCAACUUGAGGUUGGCUGUUCGGUUACCUGAAGGUGAAGAUACAAAUGAAUGGCUUGCUGUCCAUGCUGUUGAUUUCUUCAAUCACUUGAAUAUGUUGUACGGUACGGUUACCGAGUUCUGUACGCCGCAGGAGUGUCCCAUAAUGUCCGCUGGUCCGCGCUACGAGUACCUUUGGGAAGAUGGUGUUAAAUAUAAGAGACCCACGAAGCUGCCCGCUCCCGAAUACGUAGAUGCAUUGAUGAACUGGGCUCAGAACAUCCUCGACGAUGAAACCGUAUUCCCCAAUAAGAUUGGCGUACCAUUCCCUCGAAAUUUUCGCGAAACUGUGCGCACGAUCGUACGCCGAUUGUUUCGUGUAUAUGCGCAUAUAUACAGCAACCACUUUGACCAAAUUUGUGCGCUUGGCAUCGAAGCUCAUCUGAACACCAGUUACCGCCAUUUCUUUCUAUUCAUAAAUGAGUUUGACCUUGUGGAUAAGAAAGAAUUAGCACCCCUGGACGAGCUUAAUGACGCCAUCCUUGCCGAGGACAAGGCCCGAUAACCGAAUCCUGUGUUUAACCGUUCACUGUUGUAUACCUAUCUCACUGCCUUGACGCCAAUCUGUCAUCAAGUUCUGAAUCAUGAUGCUAUUACCCAUCGGCU